AUGUGUGAAAUUUUGCUCAAACGAUGUUUUUUUUUAUCUUCUAUAUCUAAACAAAUAAACUUAUUUCGAUAUUCAACAGUAGCGAAUAAUAUUAAAACUUUCGAAUGUAUACCUGGAUUAUCGUCUUUACCCUUACUGGGCCCUAUACACCAUUUCAUUCCAGGAAUUGGUUCGAUAGGAAAUCCGGCAAAUUUCUAUAAUUUGUUAAGUAUACUGUAUGAGAAAUUUGGGAACAUUGUUAAAUUAGAUGGUGUCUUUGCUAGAGCCAGUAUGGUUAUUUUGUAUGAACCAGAGCAUUUUGAUCAGGUAUAUAGGUCAGAAGAAACAUUACCUUCAAGACCUGGAUUUGACACGCAAAUUUAUUAUAGAACAGUGUUACGAAAAUCAACAUAUGACGGUGUAUACGGAUUAACUACCGCAGAAGGUGCACAAUGGCGUGACUUUCGUACUAAAGUGAAUCCAGCGCUGCUAAAACCUAAAUUAGUGAAGCUCUACAUGCCAACCUUAGAGAAAAUUGCUGAAGAUAUGGUAGCCAGGUUAAACAAAUUGAAAAAUGACCCAUAUUUACAACAAAAUCUCGAUCUAGAAAUGACAAAGUGGUCUUUAGAAUCUGUGGGAGUUAUUGCUUUAGGAACGAGGCUUGGAUGUUUGAAGGACAGUUUAAGUGAUGAGCACCCCGCAAGAAUUCUCAUAAAAUGUGCACGCGAUAUGAUAGACUUGUCAUAUAAAUUAGAAAACCGACCUAGUCUAUGGAGAUAUUUUCCUACUCGUAACUUCAAGAACCUAGUCAAAACAUUUGACAAGCAAUGGGAUACAAGUCUUAAGUUUAUUGAAGAAGCAAAACAGAAAACUAAAGAUAGAGGACAUGAUGUUCCAGAAGAAGACAAAAGCGUGGUUGAGAAACUGUUGGCUAUUGACCAGAAAGUAGCAGUUGCAAUGGCGAAUGAAAUGUUGCUUGCAGGAAUCGACACGGUGGCAUUUACAGCUACAUGCCUUCUUUACAAUUUGGCGACAAAUCCACAUGUACAAGAUAAAUUAAGGGAAGAGAUUCAGUCAUCGGAACAAAGUUACAGAUAUUUACGAGCGUGUUUGAAGGAAUCUUUAAGAUUAUUUGCAGUCAUUCCAGCGAAUUUGCGAAGAACUACUAAGGAACACGUUGUGGGUGGAUACCACAUCCCAAAAGGAAUCGAUGUCAUUGCACCUAAUGAGUUUUUAUCGAGAAUGGAUAAAUAUUACCCGCAGGCAAAGGAGUUUAUUCCAGAGAGAUGGCUAGUUCAGAAAUCUGACCCAUUAUACUAUGGAAAUUGUCAUCCCAUGGUGACGUUGCCUUUUGGGUUUGGUGUAAGGUCUUGUAUUGGAAGAAGAAUUGCUGAGUUAGAGAUCGAAGUGUUGGUUAAGAAGUUAAUAAGUAAUUUUAAUGUCUCUUGGGACGGACCACCAGCACAGGUAGUCACAAGAGUAAUGAAUUCAAUAAAAAAACCUUAUCAUUUCAAAUUUCAAGCCAUA